AGGUCUGGAGAGUGACCGAGCAUACCGUUGUCAAGGUCAAUAGCGCUAAAAAAUGUUCCUAAUAGCUUGCUAGAAGGAUACGAAAAACGAAACACAAACAGAUCAGUACAUUUAUUUUAUAUGAUUAUUAGAGUAGACCUACUAGAUUCUAAUUUAUAGACUAGAACAUACCUAUCUUGAUUUAAAUCGUAUAAUCUUCUGUACAAAUAAAAAUGACUGACGUUAAAAAACGUGUCUGUGUUGUAGGCUCUGGCAAUUGGGGCUCAGCUAUAGCCAAAAUUGUUGGCAAUAAUGUGUUGGCCCAUGAUGACAUGUUUGAAACAGAAGUGUUCAUGUAUGUCUAUGAAGAAAUUGUGAAUGGACAGAAACUAACAGACAUAAUUAACUCAGAACAUGAAAAUGUAAAGUACUUACCAGAAAUUAAACUGCCUGCCAAUGUGAUUGCUGUCCCUGAUGUGGUGAAAGCUUGUAAUGAUGCUGACAUACUGAUAUUUGUUUUGCCUCACCAAUUUGUCAAGGAGACCUGUCUCAAAAUGAAACAGUUCAUUAAACCCAAUGCUUUAGGAAUUUCCUUGAUAAAAGGUUUUAUACUAACUGAAAGUGAUGGCAUUCAAUUGGUAUCAAAGGUCAUCAGUGAAACUUUGGGUAUUGAAACUGCUGUUCUCAUGGGAGCCAAUUUGGCCACAGAAGUAGCUAGUGAAAUGUUUUGUGAAACAACUAUAGCUUGUGAAAAUGAAAGCUACAAGCCACUCUUGACUGCGCUGUUUGAGACUUCAUAUUUCCGCUGCAAAGUCAUAAAAAAUGUUGCUGGUGUUGAGGCCUGUGGAGCAUUGAAGAAUGUUGUUGGUAUUGGAGCUGGUAUAGUUGAUGGUCUUGGCUAUGGAGACAAUACAAAGGCAGCAGUGAUUCGACUCGGUCUGAUGGAGAUGAUGAAGUUUACCAAAGUGUUCUUAGGAAAUGAUGACAAGUCAGUAUUCUUUGAGAGUUGUGGUGUAGCCGACUUGGUGGCUACAUGUCAUGGAGGCAGAAACCGGUUGCUAGGGGAAGCUGUUGUGAAAUCAAUGAAGAAACGUGGAAUAGCUGGAGUGGAUAUUCGACUGCUAGAAAAAGAAAUCCUUAGAGGUCAAAGUUUUCAAGGUCCACUUAUCGCCAAAGAAAUUUAUAGCUACUUGAAAGACAACAGUAUGUUAGAACAGUUUCCAUUACUUGUUGCUAUACACAGAAUAUGUACUAGAGAAGUAGAUCCUAGGAAUUUCAUUGACUGUCUUCGUGAUCACCCUGAACAUAUGUAGAUACUGGUCUAGAUUUUUGUCUUCAGACAUGUAGUAUGAUAAUAUUUUAUAUAUGUCCUAGCUAAGGCUAUUUGCUUGAAGCUUUUCUGUAAAUAGCUGGAUGGACUUACUUGAUACUGGGCCUGCUCAGUCUGAUUCAAUAUCUAAACUUAUCAAACUACUUUGAGUGUGUGUCCCUUCAUUUACCUUUUCAUUUGUUCCCAUGUGUUUGUACACUGUUUUAUACUGAAAGCCUUAAUUCUUUUCUGAAUAUUUCAGUAAGUAAUUUGAUCAAUUAGAACUGACUAAGUAGCAUGACUACACACAUGCCUGUACUGUAGCAUGAGUGCUUUAUUUAAUUUAUUUUCUUCUGAGCAUAUAGUACUAUUUGACAGAAGAGUGAUGUGUCAUUGAAAAUAAAUGUAUUCUUCUUUUAGCUAGAUUUUUGCUGCUGAGCUACACAGUGUAAAACCAAUGUCUAAUUGUGACCUAAUGUAACAAAAGUUGAUCAAAGUGUGUUUUGGACAUUAUUAAGUCCUAUUGGCUUUAUUAAAAAAAAAAAGAUUUAAAUUAUUUGUAUUUCUUCUAAAACAUUUUUAAAAAAUAUUAGACCAAGUGUGUCACUGGAAUAUCAGUCCGAGAAAUUCUGAGAACAAAAUCUCAGUGUAGGAUUUAUUCCAAUCAUUCAUUGUCUGCAUUUGGAUUCAAUGAAGGGAUUUAAAAUGAAAAAAAAAAAUUCUUAGUUUGCCUCAAUGUUCUUUUUUUUAUUAUUAUCAUUAAGUGUUCACUAAAUUCUGGUGUGACUUUUAUGACCAUUUACUACAUUGGAUCACAAUUACUUUGUAUUGAAAACAGCAACACUGACAAACUGAUUUAAAGCCAAACAAUGUAGAAAAUGUUUUAUUAUGAAUUUCUUAGACCAAUUCAGUAAUGUAGGACAAAGAAAAGACAUAGUUGUACCUGUGAAGUUACUUGACAAGACAUAGAUGUAACUGAACUAACUUGACAAGACAUAGAUGUAACUGUGAACUAACUUGACAAGACAUAGAUGUAACUGUGAACUAAUUUGACAAGACAUAGAUGUAACUGUGAACUAACUUGACAAGACAUAGAUGUAACUGAACUAAUUUGACAAGACAUGGAUGUAACUGUGAACUAACUUGACAAGACAUAGAUGUAACUGUGAACUAACUUGACACGACAUAGAUGUAACUGUGAACUAACUUGACAAGACAUAGAUGUAACUGUGAAAUAAUUUGACAAGACAUAGAUGUAACUGUGAACUAACUUGACAAGAAAGAUGUACAUGUGACAAGACAGAUGUACCUUUGAAGUUACUUGACAAGACAUACAUUUACCUAUGAAGUUACUUGACAAGACAUUGAUGCCUCUUCAGUAACUUGUGCUUUUUAGUCACACAAAAAUGGUGAAAACAUGAAUGUCAAGAUCAGUAUUCUGAAGGGAAACAGAAAUUCUGUCUGUAAUUACUGGAAAGAUAAUGUAUAGCUUUUAGCUUGGUUUCUUUCAAUAGCGAUACACUCGCAGAAGAAACUCUUUGAAUUCAUUCGGUCCACUUUUCAAAAGUGACUUUAGUUUUUAAAAUUAUUUAGCAAAUGUUUUGUCUGGUGGUAGCAUAGUUUCUUAUUUCAUUCUCAUUUUUAAACUGAGGUGUACGGCUGUGAAUGUGGAAAUAUCAUGAAGACAGAACAUAGAGAUAUACUUUUAUUUUGUUCAAUACUCAUAUUUUAUUUUAUUUCUUUUUUUUUUUUUUUUUUUUAUACAUUUGAGAUGUUUUCUAUUUUUGUAUUGACUUAGUCCUUCUUUCUUUUCCUUUGUCCCUUGAAUUGUACCUCCAGUUUACAUGCUGUCCAAUGUUUUUAUUUUGGUUGAACAGUUAUAGUUUUCUUUUUGAGUCUAUGGAUACUUUUAAUCCUGGCAAUGUUGCUAUGUAUAGCAUACUAUAAUAUGAUAGACUUUUACUGUAAAUAGCCUUUCUCUUCGAUAGCUUUUAUUUAUUUGGAAAUAAUUUAUCUGGAUCUGAUAUUUUUAUUUGAAGUCAUGUUAAGACUACACAAAAUUGUUUGAGACAGAAACUUAUCAAGUGAAAGAAACUCUACUGCGAGUUAGAAUCUCUGAUUCUUAUUUACAUAUUUUAAUAACUUAGUGAAUUUAUUUUUUUAUGGUGUAUAUAUUUGACAAAACUGAGGAAAUUAAAUGUUUUUUUCUUUUGACAUAUUUAAACUAUGUAACAGCUACUCAGCAAAUAAACAUUAUGUUGAAGAACUCAGCAUUUGAGUGUGUCCCCCAUGUAAUCAGUUUGUGUGUACUGUGUCAACGGCUAGAACAUUCUCUUGGGUGGUGGUGUAUUGUCUUCAGGGUUCAAUGUUGCAACAAAAAUAAUUGUUUACAUUUAAUAAGGCACAAAAUUGAAUACCUAUUGCUCUCAAUGAUUCAUUCAUUCCAAAGAUCUAAUGCUAACAGCUUGUCAAAUAUUAUCAACAUAGACUUGUUUUAAUAGUAUUAUUAUAGUAGAACUGUCUAUGUGUUGACUAUCUUUAAUUAAUAUAUCUUUUUUUUUAGUCUUUUUAGUUAUUUGCAUUGCACAUGACUUAGAUGUGACAAACUGUGCACUUAACAAACUGUGCACAUCUGUGGCUGGAUCUUUCUAGUGGUCUACAGUUUGUUGUAAUCAUAUAGAAUCUUUGAACUAAGAGACAAUGCAUUGGGUGGCCAGCUUUGUCCUACAUGAGGCAACAGUAUUGUCUUGACAUUGCUCAAAUGCUGCUGCUCUUUCAGAUGACAUCAAGGACUAUCUAUCUUCAUUUGUCAUUGUAGGUUUCCAAUAAAGAGCAAUACUGCAAUGUAUGUGUCCUGGCAUAUGUCUUUAACUGUAGGAUUUCAUAUUUGAAUUACACUUUAAAAUAGCUUAGUGGCACAAAGUUUUACACCAAUUAUUGAAUAUGUAUCAAUAGUAAGAUCAAUAUUAGUUGUCCAGGCUAGCCAUUGAACUUAUUUUCUGGUGUAUUUAUUUCUUCCUGCCUAGAGGUCAUGCUAAAGAAACAAAAAAACCUUGCUGAAACGUUGUAUUACCUUGGUUUCUCUUCUACCUGGGUGUUCAAGUUAUCAAUUGUAAUCAAUAAAUACACUGUGAUUUAUAUC